UGUCCUUCAGGUUUCCGGCAGCAGCGCAUGGUGGAGGUCAGGGAUGCUCUAUCUGACCGGUGACAGAAACACACAGACCCCCUCAUUUCGGUCUCUGUACAGAUCCUGCUGUUUUAUAAGCUGUACAGGUAACUUAUUCAGGACUGCAGUCUGUGGCCGUUUCUCAAUACUCAAGUACACACGUCUGUACUCAAUUCGAAUUGGAACAGUACUUGGGCUGCGACUCAGCGGCGGCGGCUCUGUUCAGCAGGAUCUCCGCUCUCUGACUUCAUAUCAGAUUCACAGCAGUGAGUGACAACAUGGACGACAACGCGGCGGGAUCGGGGUCUUUUAAAGGCGGAAUGGGGGGCCUUUUCGGCGGCGGAGCUCCGGAGUACUCCAACAACGAGCUCGCUGGGGUGCCUCUGACUGGAAUGAGCCCACUCUCUCCUUACCUUAAUGUCGAUCCUCGCUACCUUGUUCAGGACUCUGAUGAAUUUAUACUGCCAACUGGAGCAAACAAAACCCGUGGACGAUUUGAACUGGCAUUCUUUACCAUAGGAGGGUCUUGUAUAACAGGAGCUGCUUUGGGAACACUUAAUGGGCUCCGUAUGGGCAUUACAGAGACCAGAGACAUGGCCUGGUCAAAACCUAGAAACGUACAGAUUUUAAACAUGGUCACACGACAGGGUGCAUCAUGGGCUAACACACUAGGAUCAGUUGCUCUGUUGUAUAGCGUGUUCGGGGUAGCCAUUGAGAAAGCCAGAGGAGCAGAGGAUGACCUCAACACAAUAGCUGCUGGAACAUUAACAGGGAUGAUGUAUAAAGCCACAAGUGGCCUGAAAGGAGUUGCCAGAGGAGGAAUUGCUGGGUUAGCUCUUUCAGGCUUGUAUGCCCUGUACAACAACUGGGAUCACCUUAAAGGCAAAACUCCUUCACGAUAUUGAAGAGGACCCUGAAGAGCUCAAACCAUGGACAUUUUGACUCUUAAACUUUCCUCAACAGCCUUGUCCUAUUUAGAGGAGCAGCGGCCAACGUUUUGGAUCCUUGGACCACCAACAUUUGUUUUUGUUUAAAGCUGUGUUGUGUGAUGAAUAUUAUUAAAAGGCAGAAAUCAUCUGCCUUAAAUGCAUUGGACUCAUCUUUAGCCAUAUUUAAAAAUGUCUUUCAGUCAUGAGAGCAUAUUGGGUAAUGUUGGGAUUAAACUGAAGUGUCAUUUAUACAAUGGCCAAGCCCCAGUAUAAUAUGAACCUGUUUCUUUCCAACAUUGUCUUUCAAUCUGUACACAUUUUACUACCGAGACUUUAAGCAGUAUCUGAGCCUACCAGGUUCAUGCAGGUGUUCACAAACAAGUCUUGGGGAAAAUAUAAAAAUGUACCUUUUAUAUGUGGUCAGAUGUGUCUAAGCUAAGUUAAUCAGCUCUGUGCUUAAAUAAAAGUAUGAGUUAAUUUUUGAAA